UAUAUAUACAGCGCUUUCAUCGGCAGUGUCGCCUAGGGAUUCCUGCUUAAGGUUAAAGAGCUGUGUCCUGGUGUCGGAUCGUCCGCUAUGGGCAAGAUAGAGUGGGCUAUGUGGGCCAAUGAGCAGGCUCUGGCCUCCGGACUCAUUCUCCUUACCGGCGGCAUCGUAGGGGUUGCCGGCCAGUUCAGGAACUGGCAGUUUGCGGCUUACGGAAUUGCUGCAGGGAUAUUCAUCUGCCUACUGGAAUAUCCGCGGGGCUGCAAGGCCAAAGGCAACGGAGUGCAGCGCCCGGGUCAGUACUGCCUGACAGUUUGUGUGAAGGCCUUUGGUCCACUGACAAGAAACUACUACAUCAGGGCGCUGCUACAUGCUGCACUCUGUGUUCCAGGCGCUUUCAUUCUCUGCACUGUUCUGGGCUGUGUCUGCCUAGCCAUUGCCAGCAUCAUCUACCUCUUGGCUGCUGUCCGUGGUGAGCAGUGGUUACCCAUCCUUCCACGGGCAGAACCCCGGGAAAAACCAGGGGAAAGUAUCAAGGAGCCCCCCCAGAACCCACCUCCUCGUCCGCCAGCAGAGAUGCGCAGGAAGCGUGCGGAGGACAUGGAGGGCGCCGCAUACACCAACCCUAUGCCAGUCAUGCCCAAUGAGUACUGAGUGCCCAAUGAGUACUGAGUGCCCAAUGAGUACUGAGUGCCCCUCCCCCAUGUCAGAUCAAGGAAGUACUGUUGCUUUGUGUCUGCUGCAAAUGCUUUUUUUUCAUUCCGUGUUUCAUUCUACUUCUGUUACAAUUUGAUUCCCAAACACAUCAGGAGUAUCCAGCUGAGAAUUUUGUGAUAGAGGUGUUUUUUUGAAUACUUAAUAGCUAGGUACUUCAUCCUGGAAGGACCUGUGUGAUCAACAGUCCUGGGUCCCUGUAGGGUACCAGGGGACCCCAGAAUGGCCCACCCAGUCACGAGUUUGGCUGAUAAUUGUAGAAAGGAACAAGGAAGGCCUGCCCAAUAUCAGACAUGGAGUUGGGCUCAGAAGUCAUCCUGUUCUUGGUUAUAUUAAGUUUUAUAUAAAUGUGCAAAGAACACAAUAUAAUAAAUAAGUAUUAAUGACUGCAACAGUUACUAUAUAAAACUUUCGUAUAUAAAUGUUUAUUCUAUGAAGGUUUAUUUUUCUGUUUUUAUAUUGUGAAAUAAAGAAUACACUAUAACUAAA